UGGCGCGAUCACCGGCAUGAACCUUGGUUUGGUCCAGAAGAAGACCAAUUUUACUCAAUUUAAAUAAUUAAAACACGCCUUAAACAUAUACAAUGGACGUCAACAGCAUUGUAGAAGCCCUUCGGGCCACUAUGGACAUUAAUAAUAGAGAACAAGCAGAGAAACAGCUUCACGAGGUUCACAAGAUAAUAGGAUUCUCUCCCUUGCUGUUACAAGUUGUAAUGACAGAACAGUUAGACAUGCCAGUGAGACAAGCAGGUGCCAUUUACUUGAAAAAUGUGUUGACCCAGUCCUGGCAAGAAAAGGAAGUAGAGAACCCAGGAGAUCCUGUGCCAUUUAGUGUCCAUGAACAAGACCGUCAGCAGAUCAGAGAUAACGUCAUAGAGGCCAUCAUACAUGCUGCUGGGCCAAUCAGGUCACAGUUAUGUGUUAUUGUUAGUCACAUCAUAAAGUGUGAUUAUCCAGGAAGAUGGGCUGUUUUACCAGAGAAGAUUGCCACUUUUAUCCAGUCAGAAAAUCCCAUGCAAUGGAUGGGAGCUUUGAUGACUUUAUAUCAAAUGGUUAAAGUUUAUGAAUACAAAAGACCUGAUGAAAGAAAGAUACUCGAUGAUGCCAUGGCAGUGAUGUUACCAUUAAUAUACCAGAGGAUUUCAUUCAUGAUGCAGGACCAAUCAGAAGCCUCAGUCCUACUACAGAAACAGAUACUGAAAAUUUAUUAUGCCUUUAUUCAGAAUUUUUUGCCUCAAGAUGUUUUAACAAAAGAAGUGUUCACUCAGUGGAUGGAAGUUAUCAGACAGAUUGUAGACAGACCUGUUCCUGAGGAAACCAGUCAGAUAGACGAAGAUGAACGACCUGAGUUAGCAUGGUGGAAGGUAAAGAAAUGGGCAACACAUAUACUGGCUAGAGUUUUUGAAAGAUAUGGAAGUCCUGGUAAUGUUACAAAAGAAUACAAUGCAUUUGCUGAAUGGUAUCUGAAAGCCUUUUCAGGUGGCAUAAUUGCAGUUUUAUUCAAAGUUUUGGACCAGUACAGACAAAAAAUAUAUGUAGCACCAAGAGUUAUGCAACAAGUUCUCAAUUAUUUAAACCAAGGAGUCAGCCAUGCAUUUUCGUGGAAAUACAUGAAGCCUCAUUUCCAGACUUUAAUACAAGAAGUUUUAUUUCCUUUGAUGUGUCACAGUGAUGAAGAUGAUGAAUUAUGGAAUACCGAUCCUCAGGAAUAUAUCCGAGUUAAAUAUGACGUGUUUGAAGAUUUUCUGUCGCCAGUGAUAGCUGCACAAACAUUAUUUUAUUCAGCGGCAUCGAAACGAAAAGAGGUCUUGCAAAAAGCCAUGGGAUUUUCUAUGCAAGUUAUAAACCAACCAAAUGUCAACCCUAGGCAAAAAGAUGGGGCAUUGCACAUGAUUGGAGCAGUAGCUGAAGUUUUAUUGAAGAGAAAGAUUUACAAAGAUCAAGCAGAAAUGAUGUUGGUAAAUCAUGUCUACCCAGAAUUCACUAAUGAAAGUGGAUUUUUACGAGCCAGGGCUUGUUGGGUUUUGAAACAUUUUUGUGAGUUGAAAUUUAAAAAUGAGAACAAUUUAAGACAAGCAUUAGAAUUGACAAGGAAUGCUUUAUGUAGUGAUAAAGAUUUACCUGUACGAGUAGAAGCAGCUAUAGCUUUACAGAUGUUAAUUACAGAACAAGAAAAAGCCAAACAGUUCAUACAACCACAUAUAAAACCUAUAAUUUUAGAAUUAUUAAAUGUGAUAAGAGAAACAGAAAGUGAUGAUUUAACGACUGUGAUGCAAAGAUUAGUGUGUACAUAUGUAGAGGAAGUGUCUACUUUAGCUGUAGAAAUGAUGACACAUCUGGCAUCAACCUUUGCUCAGGUGAUUGAUGGUGAUAUCUCAGAAUCCGAAGAGAAAUCUAUUACAGCAUUAGGUUUACUCAAUACCAUGGAAACCAUAUUAACUGUCAUGGAAGAUCAAAAAGAGAUUAUGUUACAAUUAGAGGGCAUUGUUUUAAAUGUGAUAGGUGUUAUUAUGCAAAAGGAAAUUAUGGAUUUCUAUGAGGAGAUGUUAUCAUUGGUGUACAGCUUAACCAGUUCCCAUGUAUCAGUACAUUUAUGGCAAGUGUUCCAGAUGUUGCAUACUAUGUUCCAGAAAGAUGGCAUUGAUUAUUUCACAGAAAUGAUGCCUGCCCUCCACAACUAUAUAACAGUAGAUACCACUGCUUUUCUAGCUAACCCAGAACAUGUACAGAUUAUAUAUAACAUGUGUAAAACAGUAAUGUCAGCUGAUAUUGGUGAAGAUGCUGAAUGCCAUGCAGCCAAGUUAUUAGAAGUUAUUAUACUACAAUGUCCAGGACAAGUAGAUCAUGUAAUUCCAUCAUUUAUUGAACUAGCAUUGCAGAGACUAACACGUGAAGUUUUAACAUCAGAAUUACGGACUAUGUGUUUACAAGUUGUGAUAGCCGCUUUGUAUUAUAAUUUACCAUUUUUGAUGGACACAUUAUCUAAAUUACAAAUUCCAAAUGUAAAUGGAUCAUUAUUAGCUCAGUUUUUGAAGUCUUGGUUCCAUGAUAUAGACUGUUUUGUUGGUUUACACGACAGAAAAAUAACAGUUUUAGGAUUGUGUUCCUUAGUAAAUCUAAUUAGUAACAAUCGACCAAAUGAAGUGUCAGAAGUAUCAGCACAGAUUAUCCCUGCUUUGUUGUUACUCUUCUCUGGUUUGAAGCGAGCCUAUGCUGCCAAAGCCAAGGAAGACGAGGAUAGUAGUGAUGAAGAAGAUGAAGAUGACGAGGAAGAAAAGGAUGAAAAUGAAUUGGCAAGUGAUGAAGAUGAGGUUGAUGAAGAUGGAGCACAAUACUUAGAAAAACUAGAGAAAUCCGCCAAUGAAGACGAUGAUAGUGAUAAUGAAUAUUCAGAUGAUGGAAUGGAGGAAACAGCAUUAGAAAGUUAUCAGACACCCCUGGAUGAAGAUAGUUGUCAAGUGGAUGAAUAUCAAGUCUUCAAGAAUGUUCUACAAAGUAUCCAGACAGCUGAUCCAGUUUGGUACCAGGCUUUAAUGACACCUAUAACUCCAGAACAAACUAAGGAAUUGGAGGAUGUUUUCAAGUUAGCUGAACAAAGACAUGCUGCUGCAGAAUCAAAAAGAAUAGAAGAUGCUGGAGGCUACGUAUUUCAGAAUACCUCUGUGCCACAGAAUUUUAAUUUUGGAACAUAACCCAUCAUCAAAUGGCAUUCCCUGUGUUUGACUGCUUAUGGCUUCGAGGAACGCAAGAUAAUCACAUUAAUUGGGCAUGUUGUCAAUACCAUAAUUCACAAAACCUAAAGCUAUACAACCAUUGACUGUACAUUUGAUUCAUUUAGUUACUCAUUUGUACAUACGAGAUUGGUGAUACAUUCUUGGUGAAUCUUAGUUUGUGAUUAAAUACUUAUUUUUUGUCAAGUUUAGUUAUUGCUUUCUCUACAGUUAAUGACUCGAGAGAAAAUUGUCAUCAUGCACAGAUUUCAUCAUUUGUAUUGGAAGAAUGUUAGACUGUGGCCAUAGUGAGAUCUCGUGAUACAGAGUUAAAGCGAAGAAAAUGACAUAGAAAAACAAACUGUGUUUAUAUCAGAAUGUUAGUCAGUUGACAUACUGCUACAUACUUACAUUCAUAAUCAUGUACAAAGUGAAAUUAUCUAUUAGCAUGAUUACUAAACUGUCAAACUAAAAGUAGAAGCUAUUUUGAUAAUGAUUUGAAAUUUAUAGAAAUCGGCAAAAGUUACCAGAAAUGAAAAUUUUACUAUAAACAUUUAUUACUCAAAUAUUCAUUUGAUUUAAAUAAGAAUAUGAAUUUUUAUAUAAAUGCAAUUUUUUCUUUAAACUCAAAACAUUUUCAGCAUUAUUUAAACAUUUCAUUAAUUUCCAUAUUUUCAUUCAAAUGUGAAAGUUGAAAAAGCGUUUAUACUUUUUAUGUGGCGUUAAACUGCCAUCAAUCAAUGAUAACAUUGAUUUAUCUGAUUUUUAGAAGUGCAACUUAGUGAAGUUAUAUGAAAUUUUUUUUUAAUGAAACAAUCAUUAGUUGAAAAAGGACCGAUUUUGGCACACUAAAAACAUUUUUGUUGUUGCUUAUCAUGUUAAAAUUAUAUUUUAAAAAAGUGCUUGCUUUCUUAUUGAAGGAAGAAAAACUUGUGUAUUAGCUUUUAAGUUAAAUGAAUUAAUCCAGUCUAGUCAAUAAAUGAAACAUAACAUUUCAAAUGCAUAAUGAAACUUUUUCUUUUAGUUUGUCUUUUAUUUUUGCUCCGAGUUAGUUGCAAUGUGAAUACAGAGUUCAUUGAAUAGCAAGUUUAAAACUCAACAAAGUUAGUUAAUCAGUAUACAAUAAAAACAACUGAAACUAUAUCUAUUGUGUUUAUAACUUUAGCUACUUACUGUUGGAUGAAAUACAUCUUAUUUUGUGUGCUAAAACAGGAUAGUACUUGAUAGAUUUUAAAAAAGAAAAUCUUCGAUACCAUAUUUCAAAAAUGAUUGUUGUAUGAUGUCAAUAGAAGAAGUAUUGCAGAAUCCUAGAUGAGGCUAAUUUUACCUGUCUCAGACCUCUGAUCAUUUCAUUGAAUAAUUUUGAAACACUUUUCACCUAGAACUAAAUAAAAGGUUAAAAAAACAGUUAGUAAAUCAGAUUUCAUUUCAAAAUGAAAAGGACCAUGUAUGAAUAGAUCUUUGGAAAGUCUUUUAUUGAUAAAAGGGUGAUUUUCUUUCAUAUUAAUAUCAUUUUAUCAUACAGUUAUGUUCAAUAUGAAUUGAUGUAGUUCAUUUUAUAUUUUCACUGAAAAUUUGAAUAUUUACGAAUUCAGGUACAGUAGUAGAUAUAUUAACAAGUAAAACAUAUGUAAAAAAUAUAUGCAUGAUGUAAGCAAAUGUAUUAUUACUGAUUUAAGAUGAUCUGUGCUUGAAUGAAAUAGUAUGAUUGUCGAAAUAAUUCCCUCCAAAAACAAGACUUUUGUCAGUGAGGUAUAUUGGUGCUGUAUUGAUAGAUUAGAUGUGUGUUUGUUUUUGUCACAAGUA